ACACUUAGCAGGCAGUUCUAAACGACCAAAGCUUAAUUCCGUGUAAACAUAAGUACGUAAGUAAAAUCGCACCUAACAAAUAAGCGUUCAAAACUCCCUAUUAUUUUCAGGAAUAUUUUCACCGUGUCCUACUUUACGACCAAAUGCGCGUACAGCGAAAUAACGAACUUCCGACGUGUCAAAUCGCUGUAACGUAGGCUACGGAAAGUAAAAGCUUAGAGCUGUAAUAUGUGCUCGUAAUGCCGUCUGUAUAGCCCAACCUGAAGUCGCCGCCGCUCGAGCGCUGGAUGUUCAGGAGGAGAGCGCCUCUCCGGCGCACCGAGGCUGCGAUUGGCCGACCGCACUGACAGCUAGCUCGCCGAUUGGCCGGAAGGAUAUGGCCGUCCCCUUUUCGCUCCAGCUAGAGGACCAUUCAUAAACUAAACAAUUCCAACACUCACGGAGUCUGGACAACUGCACACUGGCGCACAGUUUUCACGCGCAAACACAAGUGAGAGAUGACAUGACGCGCGGAGAUUUAUCCUGCAGCUGAUACUGGCUCGGAGAACGACUUAAACGCGGUAUACCUUUUUUUUGAGUGCAGUUGGAAAAGUCGCACUGCGUUGCAUCCAUCCGUUUCCUGGUCCAAACUUGACGUCUAUCCGCUCUGGGCGCAGAGUUCAUCACUUCAUUUUUUUUUUUCUCUUUGCUGGGAGUUGUGCCUCUGGCUUCACCGGUAAGCAUUGGAUCCAUCGGCGUACUGCGAAACUCCGGUCUACAGUCCGGAUCUGUGCCCCAACAUGAUUGCAACGCAAGCGAAGCUGGUUUACCAGCUCAACAAAUAUUACAACGAAAGAUGCCAGGCGCGCAAAGCGGCCAUCGCCAAGACCAUACGGGAGGUGUGUAAGGUGGUGUCGGACGUGCUGAAGGAGGUGGAGGUCCAGGAGCCCCGCUUCAUCAGCUCCCUGAGCGAGAUAGACGCGCGCUAUGAGGGCAUGGAGGUCAUCGCGCCCAACGAGUUUGAGGUCGUGCUUUACCUGAACCAGAUGGGAGUCUUUAACUUCGUGGAUGACGGCUCUCUGCCGGGCUGCGCGGUGCUCAAACUCAGCGACGGCCGUAAGAGGAGCAUGUCCCUGUGGGUGGAGUUCAUAACCGCCUCCGGUUAUCUGUCGGCGCGAAAGAUCCGCUCCCGCUUCCAGACGCUGGUGGCCCAGGCCGUGGAUAAAUGCAGCUACCGGGACGUGGUUAAGAUGGUGGCGGACACGAGCGAAGUGAAACUGCGCAUUCGGGAGAGAUACGUGGUGCAGAUCACCCCGGCCUUCAAGUGCACGGGCAUCUGGCCUAGAAGUGCCGCUCAGUGGCCCAUGCCUCACAUCCCGUGGCCCGGGCCGAACCGGGUGGCGGAGGUGAAAGCGGAGGGUUUCAACCUCCUCUCCAAAGAGUGCUACUCGCUAACGGGAAAGCAGAGCUCGGCGGAAAGCGACGCCUGGGUCUUGCAGUUCGCCGAGGCCGAGAACAGGCUGCUGAUGUCGGGCUGCAGGAAGAAAUGCCUCUCUAUUCUAAAGACUCUCCGGGACCGACACCUCGAGCUGCCGGGACAGCCGCUCAAUAACUACCACAUGAAGACCCUGCUGCUGUACGAGUGCGAGAAACACCCGCGGGAGACCGACUGGGACGAGUCGUGCCUCGGAGACCGUCUGAACGGUAUUCUGCUGCAGCUCAUCUCCUGUCUGCAGUGCCGCCGGUGCCCACAUUACUUCUUACCCAAUCUAGACCUGUUUCAGGGCAAACCACACUCAGCCCUGGAGACAGCGGCCAAACAGACCUGGAGACUGGCCAGAGAAAUCCUCACCAACGCUAAAAGUUUGGAUAAACUGUAAAACGCAAAAGGAGGACAUUUUAUGUCGGUGAAUAUUAACGGACGUUCGAGAUCACGACACUGAAAGUGGAGAGAAAGUGAUCGCGGUGCUCUCCGAGUAACGAAACCAACGAAACAAAAGAAUUAAAUAAAACUUUCAAAAAAAAAAAAAAAACCCCGAAGCAUUUGCUUUCGCCGAGGCUCAAACGGGACAUUGCAGGAGAGAGAAAUGAAGGUACAUUUUAAACUAAGUGUAAUGAUUUUGUCGUUUGUUUGAACUGUUUUCACAAAGUGAAAAUUUUAUUUAAAUAUAUGCACAAUUGCGAAUUACAAAAUGUAGCGUGCCAAGUUCUUUUUUUUUUCAUGAUGUGAUCAAAAAAUUGAAACGUGUAAUAAAAUCAUGACACAAUGAAAUUUAAA